AUGACUCAGGGAGGCAACAAGACGGGCGUCUUCGCCGCCGCGGCUGCCCUGCGUCUGCUGCUCUUCGUUGCGUUCCCGGGCCUGCCUGACCUGCUCACCGGUCGCGUCGAGAUCUCGACCCCCGUGACGAGCUUCAAGAGACUGCAAGAAGGCCUCUUCCUCUACAACCACAACGUCUCCCCCUACGAUGGCGGCGUAUACCAUCAAGCGCCCCUCUUCCUCCCGCUCUUCUCCCUCCUCCCGGACCCGAAGUCCUUACCGAUCUUCACGUACCUCCUCUACAUCCUCUUCGACAUCCUGAGCGCAGAUGCCCUCCUCAAGAUCGCAGACUCGGGCGAGGCCGGGUCUUCACGACUCUUCACCUCCCCACGUCGCGGCAAGAAGUGGAGUGGCGUCGUCGUAGCAUCUCUAUACCUCUUCAACCCCUUCACGAUAGCAACCUGCAUCGGCCGCUCCACCUCCGUCUUCUCAACAUGCGCCAUCCUCCACGCCAUCGCGAAAGCCAUCUCCGGCGCCCCCCUCGGCGCAAUGGUCGCCCUCUCCUUCGCGACCUACUUCUCAAUGUACCCCCUCCUCCUCCUCCCGCCCCUCGUCCUCCUCGCCUACGACCGCCAAGACCCCUCCCGCCGGACCGCCUCCUCGACGCUCCUGCCCUUCGCCCUCGCCAACGCGGGCGUCGUCGCCGCCGUCCUCGCCGCCCUCUUCCUCAUGUCCUUCCUCCUGACCGGCGGCUCCUGGGAGUUCCUCAGCAGCACCUACGGCGCCCAGCUCACCCUCAACGACCUCACCCCGAACGUCGGCCUGUGGUGGUACUUCUUCAUCGAGAUGUUCGACUCCUUCCGCUCCUUCUUCCUCGCCGUCUUCUGGCUGCACCUCUCCAGCUACGUCCUACCCCUGACGAUCCGCGUCCGCUCCCAGCCCCUCGUCGUCCUCACCCUCCUGCUCGGCAUCUUCGCCAUCUUCAAGCCCUACCCCUCCAUCGCCGACACGAGCCUCUUCCUCGCCAUGCUGCCCCUCUUCCGCCACGUCUUCCCCCUCAUGAGGUACACCUUCGUCGGCGCCGCCACCAUCAUGUACGCCUCCUUCCUCGGCCCCGCCUUCUACCACCUCUGGAUCUACGCCGGCAGCGGCAACGCGAACUUCUUCUACGCCAUCACCCUCGUCUGGAGCCUCGGCCAGAGCCUGCUCGUCAGCGACCUGACCUUCGCCGUGCUGCGCGACGAGUGGGAGCUGGAGCGGCCCGAGAUGGUGGGCAAGGAGAUCCGGCAGAUCUAG